GACACUAAAGACCACUUGCGCCAGGAGAGUGGGCGGGCCCGGCGUGGGCGUGGCCGCCUCCGCCCCGCCCUCGGACGCCUCCGCCCCGCCCUCGGACGCCUCUGAAAAGCGGUGUGGAUAACGCCAGCAGGAAAGGCCACCACGCGGGUAGUUCCGCUCCGAAGGCGGAAGUGCGCGUCCAGGCCUCCGCCGCGGCCCAGCCAGCAACAUGGUAGCGCCCGUGCUGGAGGUAACUCACGUGUUUUGCUGCCCAAACCGGGUGCGGGGAGCCCUGAGCUGGAACUCCGGGCCCGGAGGACUUUUGGCCUUCGGCACAUCCUGUUCCGUGGUGCUCUAUGACCCUCAGGAAAGGGUUGUCACCAGCAACCUGAAUGGUCACACUGCUCGGGUCAAUUGUGUACAGUGGAUUUGUAAACAAGAUGGUUCUCCUUCUACUGAAUUACUUUCUGGAGGAUCUGAUAAUCAAGUGAUUCACUGGGAAAUAAAGAAUAAUCAGCUUUUAAAAGCAGUCCAUCUCCAAGGCCACGAAGGACCUGUUAAUGCAGUGCAUGCUCUUUACCAGAAGAGGGCAUCAGGUGUUGCAUUCCGUACACUGAUGGUGUCUGCAGCUUCUGAUUCUACUGUUCGAGUCUGGUCUAAAAACGGUUCAGAAGUAACAUGCCUUCAGACCUUGAACUUUGGAAAUGGAUUCACUCUGGCUCUCUGCUUGUCUUAUUUGCCUAAUACUGAUGUACCAAUAUUAGCAUGUGGCGAUGAUGACUGCAAAAUUCACUUAUUCGUUCAACAAAAUGAUCAGUUUCAGAAAGUGCUUUUUCUCUGUGGACAUGAGGAUUGGAUAAGAGGCGUGGAAUGGGCAACCUUUGGUAGAGAUCUUUUCCUGGCGAGCUGCUCACAAGAUUGCCUGAUACGAAUAUGGAGGCUGUAUGUAAAAUCAACAUCUUUAGAAACUCAGGAUGAUGAUAAUAUAAAGCUGAAGGAAAAUACUUUUACGAUAGAAAAUGAAGGUAUUAAAAUAGCAUUUGCGGUUACUCUAGAGACUGUGCUGGCUGGUCAUGAAAACUGGGUAAAUGCAGUUCACUGGCAGCCUUCAUUCUACAAAGAUGGUCUUCUGCAGCAGCCAAUGAGAUUGUUGUCCGCCUCAAUGGAUAAAACCAUGAUUCUCUGGGCUCCAGAUGAAGAGUCUGGAGUUUGGCUGGAACAGGUUCGAGUGGGUGAAAUAGGUGGAAAUACUCUGGGAUUUUAUGAUUGCCAGUUCAAUGAAGAUGGCUCCAUGAUCAUUGCUCAUGCUUUCCAUGGAGCAUUGCACCUUUGGAAACAGAAUACGGCUAACCCAAGAGAGUGGACUCCAGAGAUUGUUAUCUCAGGGCACUUUGAUGGUGUCCAAGACCUGAUGUGGGAUCCAGAAGGAGAGUUUAUCAUCACUGUUGGUACUGACCAAACAACUCGACUUUUUGCUCCAUGGAAGAGAAAAAACCAAUCACAGGUUACUUGGCAUGAAAUUGCCAGGCCUCAGAUACAUGGGUAUGACCUGAAAUGUUUGGCGAUGAUUAGUCGGUUUCAGUUUGUGUCUGGAGCAGAUGAGAAAGUUCUUCGAGUAUUUUCUGCACCUCAGAAUUUUGUGGAAAAUUUUUGUGCCAUUACAGGCCAGUCACUGAAUCUUGUGCUUUGUAAUCAAGAUAGUGAUCUUCCAGAAGGAGCUACUGUCCCUGCGUUGGGGUUAUCAAAUAAAGCUGUCUUUCAGGGAGAUCUAGUUUCUCAGCCUUCUGAUGAAGAGGAGCUAUUAACGAGUAAUGGUUUUGAGUAUCAACCAGUGGCCUUUCAGCCUUCCAUACUUACUGAACCUCCCACUGAGGGUCAUCUUCUGCAGAAUACUUUAUGGCCUGAGGUUCAAAAACUAUAUGGACACGGUUAUGAAAUAUUUUGUGUUGCUUGUAGCAAUUCAAAGACUCUGCUUGCCUCAGCAUGUAAGGCAGCUAAGAAAGAGCAUGCAGCUAUCAUUCUUUGGAACACUACCUCUUGGAAACAGGUGCAGAAUUUAGUUUUCCACAGUUUGACUGUCACACAGAUGGCCUUCUCACCUAACGACAGGUUCUUACUAGCUGUUUCCAGAGAUCGAACUUGGUCACUGUGGAAAAGGCAGGACACAGUCUCACCUGAAUUAGACCCAAUUUUCAGCCUCUUCGCCUUCACCAACAAGAUAACUGCUGUGCACAGUAGAAUUAUUUGGUCUUGUGAUUGGAGUCCUGAUAGCGUGUAUUUCUUCACUGGGAGUCGGGAUAAAAAGGUGGUUGUCUGGGGUGAGUGUGACUCCAGUGAUGACUCCGUCGAGCACAACAUUGGCCCCUGCUCCUCUGUCCUGGAUGUGGGGGGAGCAGUGACAGCCGUCAGUGUCUGCCCCGUGCUUAACUGUGCCCAACGAUACGUUGUUGCCGUAGGAUUAGAGUGUGGAAAGAUUUGUUUAUACACUUGGAAAAAAACUGAUCAAGUUCCAGAAAUAAAUGACUGGACUCACUGUGUAGAAACAAGUCAAAGCCAAAGUCAUACACUUGCUGUCAAAAAAUUAUGCUGGAAGAAUUGUAAUGGGAAAACCGAACAGAACGGAACAGAAGGUGCUGAGUGGUUACACUUUGCAAGUUGUGGUGAAGAUCAUACUGUGAAGAUACACAGAGUUAACAGAUGUGCACUGUAACGGACUUAGUAACUACAGGCGUACAGGCACUGGUGUCUUGAGCUAUUUGUCAUGUAAAUAGAUGACUUUCUUUACCUCAUAAUUUCAUUGAUUUUCAUUUUUAAGUCCUACAGCAGUAGUACUGCUCACUGGGUCACAGACCCUUUGAAAUGUGAUGACAGCUGCAGACUCUUGUCACAGAUGUGUAUAUGCACACACCCUUGGAACCUUGCCCACACUUUCAGGGGUCCAGACCUGCAUUUCUGUGUCCCAGAUUAAGAACCACAUUCUUCGUGACUGAAUUUGCCUAAUUUUGUGUUAACGUGUGGGGCCUUUUCUUUUCAUAUGCCUGUCUUUGGGACAUUGCCUUGUUUAUUAUCCUCUUCAAAGGGAGGACAUAGAAAAUAAAAAGAGAUAAAACUCAGAUUA